CAAAGGUCAUAGAGGCUAGGUACGUAUGUAGACUUGAUCUCACACGUACGUACACAUGGUGAUGUGUUUCUGAAUCUAAGCUUAGCAUAAAGCCGUGUACCCUAUUGCUUUUCUGUUCUCAUUGAUUAAAGUACCGCCCUAUUGCAAUGGCAAGUGCCACAAAUUCCAACACGGCCACUCCUCCAUUGAGCCAGGCAUCACACAGCCCAAUAUCGGCAGCUGCCCUCUCGGCAGCACAACUCGUAACGUCUGCCGCUGUCAACAGUACUGCGGGGGCAUCGUCACAGUCACAGGGUUCAUCAUCGUCGAGUCAGUUCCAGCGUCUGAAAGUGGAGGAUGCUCUCUCGUAUCUGGACCAGGUCAAGCUGCAGUUCGGGAACCAGCCGCAGGUCUACAACGACUUCCUUGACAUCAUGAAGGAGUUCAAGUCCCAGAGUAUUGACACUCCCGGAGUCAUCAGUCGUGUGUCUAACCUCUUCAAAGGUCAUCCGGAUCUCAUAGUGGGUUUCAACACAUUCCUUCCCCCAGGCUUUAAGAUUGAAGUGCAUCAGAACGAGAUCAACAUCAGUGGCCCUGCCCAACACUCCGUAACACUGGCCAAGAUAGCACAGGCUCACAACAGCAGCACUGCCGCCGCAAUAGAGGCAGCAAAGGCCGAGGCCGCCCUCUCCUCUGCCACCACAACCUCUGCUGGGGGCACCGCUGCAACAACUGGUUCAACCGGAUCAACCAGCGGAGGCCAUCAGCCAGUCGAGUUCAACCAUGCUAUCAACUAUGUCAACAAAAUUAAGAAUCGGUUCCAGAACCACCCGGACAUCUACAAAGCUUUUUUGGAGAUCCUACACAAAUACCAGAAGGAGCAGCGUAUUCUCAAGGAGGGUGGCAACAUCAGCAACAUCCCUCUCAAUGAGUCAGAGGUGUACAUGCAGGUCUCCAACUUAUUUGAGAAUCAAGAGGAUCUCUUGUCAGAGUUUGGUCAGUUUCUACCGGAUGCCACAGCGUCCUUUGGUGCCUCCUUUAUGGGCCCACCCCCUACCAAGAAACCAGCACUCAGCUCGUCCGGGGGCGGGAAGGGGUCCAAACCUGUACACAGCAGGAAGGCAUCGCAGAGUGGGAGUACUUCCUCAGGGGGAGGUGGUAAGAAGCCGAAGAGUUCGGCCAAAGAUGUCCUGGCUGAGGCCGCCAAACACACCAACUAUACUGAGGUGGCUCUCUUUGACAAGAUUCGUCGGGCAUUUAAGAAUCCGGAUAUCUACGAUAAUUUCCUCCGUUGUCUGGUGCUGUUUAAUGAGGAAAUUGUAUCGAGACAAGAGCUGGUGCAUCUCGUCACACCGUUCCUGGGAAAGUUCCCUGAAUUAUUAUCCUCGUUCAAGACGUUGCUGGGGUUCAAGGACCCUAGUCUAGUGGAGGCCUUGCCCUCAUCGGGGGGGACCACCCCCUUCUCAAACAAGGAGAGGGUCACAGAGUUUGCUGCCGAGAUAGAUUACAAGAGCUUGAAACGUCAUGGUGCCAGUUACAGAGCCCUCCCUAAAACAUACGCCCAACCGAAAUGCUCCGGACGAUCUCACAUGUGUCAGGAUGUGCUCAACGAUACGUGGGUGUCAUUUCCAAUGUGGUCCGAAGAUUCAACUUUUGAGGGCACCAGAAAAACUCAGUAUGAGGAGUACAUCUUCAGGUGUGAGGACGAACGAUUUGAACUCGACGUUGUCUUGGAAACCAAUCUCUCUGCAAUACGGUAUCUCGAAGCCAUUCAGAAGAAAAUGUCGCGGAUGUCUUCCGAGGAGCUCACUCAGUUCACACUCGACAGUGGUGUAGGGGGGCGCUCUGAGAUACUACAACGAAAGGCCAUACAUCGUAUCUAUGGCGACAAGGCUGCGGACAUUGUAGAUGGCCUAGUAAAGAACCCCAAUAUAGCCGUACCUGUGGUUCUUAAGAGGCUGAAGUCGAAACAAGAGGAAUGGCUUGAGGCUCAGAAAUCAUUCAACAAAACGUGGAGAGACCAACUGGAGAAGUAUUACCUCAAGUCUUUGGACCACCAAGGAAUCAACUUCAAACAAGUGGACACUCGAGCCAUGCGCUCAAAGUCCCUCAUCACAGAGCUAGAGACAGUGUUUGACGAGAGACAGGAACAGCUGGCAGAGGGCGGGGCUCCAGUAUUAGGACCACACCUACUUUACUCAUUUCCCAGUGAAGGCGAUGUGUUCAAUGAUGCUGUCGGCCUUGUCAUGUACUAUACUAAGAGGGCGUCCAGUUUACAGCACAGCGAUGCUUUAAAGAUCAGGUCCCUGUUGACCAUGACACUGGCGGACUUCUUCUUUUAUCCGAGAGCCGAGGUGAGCUCAGAGGAUGACCUCAGUCCUGACACAGACUCUGACUCUAUGGAAGUGGAUAUCACUCCAACCAGGGAAAUGGGUGAAGCUUCUACGCCUGUCCGAGUAGCUAGUAACCAAGACAACAAGAGCGGAGACAAGUCAAUCGGGAGUGCACUAGUACCUGAAGUUCAACCACACUUUGCCAGCAUGGACUAUCAUGUGAUGUUCACCAACAGUGUCCUCUACACAUUCUUCCGACUAUUCCAGUUUCUGUGUGAGCGCUUGAACAAAGUGUACCAGUCUUCUCUGUCGAGCAUAGCGGAGCUAGAGUCCCACUCCACUGUCACAAGUCUGGAGGAGCUGAACGGGGGUGAUGGGGUGGAGUCAGCAGAGGUGAAGGAGAGCUCUGUGGCGCUCCAACUGGGUCUCCGGAAACCACCUGACAUCAAAGUGGAAGAGUACUACCCCACUUUCCUCAAUAUGGCCAAGAAUUUCAUGGAAGGAAAUAUCGACACAACGACGUAUGAAGACACGUGUCGUGAGAUGUUCGGAGUCAAUGCCUACGUCGUGUUCACCAUCGACCGACUCGUACAGAACAUUGUCAGACAGCUUCACGCUAUUAUCUCGGAAGAGAGUUGCUACAAGAUGAUGGAAUUGUACACAAGCUUUGUUGAGAACAUACCACCCUCUUUUGUACGUGGAGAGUCUCGAUUGGGGGCGGAGUCAGCCUACCAGAGGAAGGCAGAGUCUCUGAUGGGAGAUGACAAUUGCUGCCGAGUUGUCUUUAAGAAAGACUACACUUUGACCUUUGAACUUUUGGAUACCGAUGAAACACCAGACACCGUUCGCCAGGAUGUCAAGAAGUGGCAUAACUACCUUCAAGCGUACAGUCGUACAGGGGAAGAGGCUCCCCCUGAAAUGAUGGAUAUCAUGACCACCAGAACUGUCUUCUUAAAAAGGAGUCUACGCAAGUGCUCCAUGCCUCCCCUGGUUACCGAGGAAGAAGUCAUCCUCUCUAUCCUGCCCAACAUGGAGACCAGUGGAGCCAUCGAGUUUAAAAUGGACAAAAAGUCGUAUAGAAUGGUCCCACUGGCCAACAGUGAGGACUAUCUCUACAACAAGAACUCCCUGGACCGAGCUAGAGAGGUCAACCCGCUAGUAUUCGCACGUAAGAAAACCAAGUUUCAAGAGUGGCUCAAGGGCUGGUGUGCUGAUCAUGUGACAACCGAGGAUAGUGACCUUUGUACCGACUGGUUCCUUGGGAAAGGGGCUUUAUUUGGAGGAGACACGCCCCUAACGGAACGUCGAGAGGAGCAAUGUAUCGGACAGUCACGGAAUAAGUACAUAACCAGCUGAAUAUAACACUUUGAGAUGAGACUCUUAAACUAUAGCUACCUAAACUGCUAUUGCAUAUAGUAUGAUUUUGAAAAGCAAUUUUUUGUUGUUGCUAUCCCCUACUACGUCUUUCUUGUAUAACUAUAAAUCUGAUCUUUAAAAUAAAUGAAAUGUGUUGAGUGAA